AGGUGAAACUUUAUCUUUUUAAAACUUAAAGAGAACUAGUGGCGAAAAAAGUUUAUUUUUUAUCGCAAUCAACAUUGAAAGUGGUAUAGCUUAUUCAACUGAUUCGCUGACUGUAGCACGGGUUGAAUCUUUUAUCCGCGUUGUGGUUCUAUACUUUUAAAUAAUUUUAAUCAAAAGUUGUUUAUGGAUUCGAUUAUUAUAUGUGCAAUUAAUUUAAAAUAAAAUCAAUAAAAAGUUACAAUGGACACUAACGCAGCCCCAGAUAAUUUAAAUGAUACACCCAUUCUACCUGAAAUUAGCUUUGAGGAUUUGCUUGAGGAAUCGCCAAUAAAGAAAAUUCCUGAUAACCAAUUGGAUAGUCCAAUAGAGGAAAGUAAAAAGCUCCCAGGAGAUGAUUCUUUACACACUCCGGGCUCUAAGAAGUCAAUACCACAAAUCAAAAAUCAAAGACAGUCAAAAGAUGUAAUACGGCAUGAAAAAAUCGUACCCAUAACAACACAAGCGGAUGACAUAUUAAUUACACCAGAUAAACCAAAAAUUGAUAAAGUUGAGACCAGUAAAGUAAUAACAACAAUUAUAAACACCACACAUACAACAACUACAGCCAAAUUCGUUAAAUCAAUUGUAAGCUUGAAUAGUGGUAAUAGAUUAACGUCGACAAACAAAACCAUUACAGGAAAUUCUGCAAUCAAACUAGCAACUGUUCCAAGCAAUAAGAUAACCAAUUCCCCAAUAUUACUUAAUGCUAAAAAUAUUCUACCGAAAAGUACGACUGCAACUACAAAUCAUAUUAUAAAGAUAUCUCCAAAAGCAUUGGGAUCGUCCACGCCUCUUACAUUACCUGUUGGAAAAACUGCUGUCAAAACAGCGAAUGGGCAAAUACUUUAUAUACAAAAAACUUCGGGCAUACGUCUACAAACACCGACUUCAACUGUUAAGUUAGCGAAAGCUGCAACUUUAACAGUAUCGACAACUGUAACAACUUCAACAACAUCGACAGCGACACCAGUAACAUCAUUAAAUAGAACAGGUUCAACACCUUCACAGAAGACGCAAAUUUCACUACCAAAUACGAUAUCUAAGGCAACUCCAACCGUCACAACUACCAAUAGUACAACACCAUCGAACAACACACCUAGUAAAACCUUUUCCAUACAAGUAGUGCGUACGUCAUCUGGAAAGUUUUUACCUGUUAAAUCAUCAAUUCCAACUUUAACAACAGUGACAAGUACGACGAGCUCCAAUUCGAUAUUGAAGAAAAACCCUAUAUCUUUAAACACAUCUAUUGCGACAAAACUGGGGACAAGUAAAGUUAUCCCUACGUCAUCUGGUCAGAUGAUUAUUAAAACUCCAUUGAAAAACGCCAUUUCUGUUUCGUCAAACACGACAACCGGCGUUACAACCACUUCAAAUGAAGGUACAAAAAUAGUUAAAAUUGAAAAGCAACCAAAUACUAGUGGAGCAGUUACUCCUAUAAGCAAUGUAACUGCUUUUAAAAUGAAGAAUGCACCAAUGACAAGUACAGCUGGAAAAAUAUUGGUAAAUAGUGCUACAGGCAAACAAAUAAUGGUGUCUAGUCAAAAUUUAAUAAAAUUGUCACCGAAAAUGGUAACAAGUGUGGGUGGACAGGGCAAAGCGGCAACAAUAAUUAACUUGAACAAUUUAAAAACAUUACAAUUACCUACUAAAAUAACACGUGUUUUGCCUUUAUCAACUGCGAGUGUUAAUGGAACUACAACAAUCAACACAGCUACCACAUCAAGUGGUAAUAUAAUAGCAACACCUCCAGCCGCAACAAUUGUAGCAACGACGGCAGUAACAAUUGCUACAACAACUACAACAAUAACAACUUCUACAGUUGGUGAUAAACUAGUUUCUAGCAGUUCUAACACUAGUAGUACUUCGGCUGCAUUGAGUACUAAAACAACAAUGGCCAGCACCACGGCACCUACAAUAAAAAUUUUGAACUCUUUACCUCAGAAGUUUACUGUUCUACGUCCCAAUACAACAAAAUUUUUUGUAACGCAAACAUCUAAAAAAUCUGGCGUACUACCAGUAGCAAUUUCAGCUUCAGGUCUGGGAAUGAAAUCACUUAUACAAAAUAAUGCAUUGGAAAGAAAAGUGGCUAAUACAUCGAUGGUAUUAAAUAAACAGUUUCAUUCAUAUACACCGGUUGGUGGUGAUAACCUCAGCCUUUUGCGUAAAAACAAAAUAUCUCAAAUUAAUUCGGAAAUACAUAAGAUAACUUCUUCAGUGAAUGAGAAAAAUCAACCGGAAAUCAAGACAAUUGCGAGCGGUAAACAUAUAGUUAUAAUGCCGCGCCCCUUAAUGCGACCAGGAACUUCGGGAAUACAACGUCAUGGAUAUAUACAACGUGUAGGAGUGCUAAGCGCUGAUAGUUCACCGAGUCAAGUACAGAAAAAAAAACUUUUCAGUGUUUUGAAAAACAAUGCUCAGCAUUCCGAUGUUAAAUCUUUGAUAAUUUGCGGGCAGGCCAAAGCGAUAAUGGCACAACAGCAACAGCAUAAAGCUUUACCUAUUAAAGAUUCUGAGUUAGUACAGUCCAAGAAACUAAUGCAAUUUGUUAAAGUAAAAAAGGAAGAAUUGGAACCAGAAGAACAUCAACUACAGCAACAUAAAGUGGAAGAUGCGGACAAGCAUAACAUAUUAUCUCAUAGUAAGUUGCCAACACUUAAAAUAAAACAGGAAAUAAAGGAAGAUGCAGAUGUAAAGCCAUUUUUAGAAGAUAAUGGGGUAGUGAGACGCAAGCAUUGUAACUGCAGCAAGUCGCAAUGUUUAAAAUUAUAUUGCGAUUGCUUUGCAAAUGGAGAAUUCUGCCAAGAUUGUACUUGCAAAGAUUGCUUUAAUAACCUUCAGUAUCAGGACGAACGACAGCGAGCUAUUAAAAGUUGCUUAGAACGCAACCCAAGUGCUUUUAAACCAAAAAUAACCUCAUCACGAGACCAAAGCGACACUCGUUUACAUAAUAAAGGUUGCAAUUGUAAACGAUCGGGAUGUUUGAAGAACUACUGUGAAUGUUAUGAGGCAAAAAUUUCAUGUUCAUCUAACUGCAAAUGUGUGGGUUGUCGUAAUAUUGAAGAGCGGCCUGAUUUAGAUAUGGACCCUAUUGAUACGAAGUUGCUUCAAAAAAUUAACGAAACUCAUAAUCAAAUUUCUGGUCGAAAACGCAUACAUGAUGAUCAAGAUAAAAAGGAUGCUAAAAGAGAUAGAAGAUAUGGUGUCGAACUUGAUUCAGGGAGCAAUAGCAACAGCUGUGACGGUUUACCUCCAAUUAAACAACAAUGUAAUAUCAUUACACAAGAAGUUGUUGACGCAACCAUACAAUGUAUGCUAUCACAGGCUGAUGAAAGCAUCAAAAACGGCAUGACAGAUACUGUAACAGAACGUUUGAUUAUGGAAGAAAUGGGCCGAUGUCUUGUUGAGAUUAUUGACUUCUCAAUACGCAAUAACGAUUCCAGUUAUAUGCAGGAAUAAGCUGUUGUUUUGAUGAAUACCCGUUGGAACAAUAUGGUACUCGUAAGAGGACUGCGCAUCAAAUAUUAGGUGGCAAGUUCGAAAUAUUUCGUACGGUGGACAAAAUUUCGUUGUGCUAAUGAGAGUAAGGAAUUUCCCAUCCAAGAAACAACAAUAAUUUGAUACCGAAUCAAACUGUUAAUAUUAUUAAAUGCAUGCG